AUGGCGGUCAAAACAGGUAGCAUAUCACGACAGACGAGGGCCUCCCUGGAUCGCAUGGAUACUACGCUGCGGGAAGCUCAAUUUUUGGAUUCUUGGGCCGUCGCUCGGAUGGAGGUAGGCGAGUCUUCUGGUAAUCUGAAAAAGUCAAGAAGCCUUUAUGAUGCCUUCGAAGGAGAACAAGGGGCCACAUUCGACCCCCAGGAGAACCCCUUAGCAGCCGCCAUGAGGGGCAGUGGAUUCAACAACCGACCGCAAAGGUAUUAUCGUAUUCUUCUCAAAGGCUCGGACGUUCUCACCGUCCGGGGAUUCAACAUGUUCGGUUUCAGCAAAAGCCCUGCAGGGAUAGAGGAGACUCAAGAGCCGGCGUCUCAUGCAAGUGAUCACUGGGGUGUGCGAUGCCUUCUUCUUAAACAGCCGCAAACACCGGGGUUGGAUGCAGCACCUACGCCACAGCACACGGCCGUUACGGUGCUACCUGCUCAAGCGCCCGCAAGGUUGUCCAGCACAGAUUCGCUGCAGAAGUGCCUCGAGUUGACAGUCAGGCAGAGGAUCGCCGAAUCAGCCCCCGAUGUCGUUCGAGUUCUGCGGAAAGUCAAGUCGAAGUCAGGCGCUAUGUUGAUUCCGGAGGUUCGAGGUGUGAGGGUGGACUUGCAGUACUGCCAGGCUCCGCACAUUGCUGAGGCGUUGGUAGCCUCCACACUUGCUACACGAUAUACCUGA